UUGUUAAUAACCAUACAGAGCCCAAAGAGGAGGUCUUCCUUAGACGAAUAAAACGGGAAGCAAAACACAAUAAUAAAUUACAUUUUAUAUCGACUUGGUCAGACAUCAGUGAAGGAACGUCUUGUCAGAAUGUUGUUCAAGCUGAAGGUGAUGCGCUUGGGGUGGGGUGGAAUCACGGACUCACGACAUGGAGCGGUCACCAUUACCUUCUGUGCCUUCUUUAUGCAAGUGUUUGUGGAAGCUAGCUCAUGGUGGUCUCUAGCGAUGAAUCCCCUCCUGAUACCAGAAGCAUAUAUCAUAGGAGGACAGCCGCUGUGCAGUCAACUAGCAGGACUUUCUAAAGGUCAGAAGAAGCUUUGCCAGCUUUAUCAAGAUCACAUGCAGUUCAUUGGAGAGGGUGCCAAAACAGGCAUUCAGGAGUGCCAAUACCAGUUUCGCAACCGCCGCUGGAACUGCAGUACAGUGGACAACUCCUCAGUGUUUGGCAGAGUCAUGCAGAUAGGGAGCAGAGAGACAGCAUUCACAUAUGCUAUUAGCGCUGCUGGCGUGGUCAAUGCAGUGAGUCGUGCCUGCAGAGAGGGGGAGCUGUCGAGCUGUGGCUGCAGCAGGGCCGCGAGACCUAAAGAUCUGCCACGAGACUGGCUGUGGGGCGGCUGUGGUGACAACCUCAAUUAUGGAUACCGCUUCAGCAAGGAGUUUGUGGAUGCACGUGAACGGGAAAAAACGUACACCAAAGGCUCUAUGCAGAGUGCCAGACUGCUGAUGAACCUUCAUAACAAUGAGGCAGGACGGAGGAUAGCAUCAGAUCUCGCCCAUGUGUCCUGUAAGUGUCAUGGCGUGUCCGGCUCCUGCAGCCUUAAAACAUGCUGGUUGCAACUUGCUGAUUUCCGGAAGGUGGGUGACGCACUGAAGGAGAAAUAUGACAGUGCUGCUGCCAUGAGGCUGAACAGCCGCGGGAAGCUUGUUCAAGUUCACUCCAAAUUUAACUCUCCUACCAGCAGUGACCUGGUGUACAUAGACCCCAGUCCAGAUUACUGUGUAGAGAACAAAACUACUGGCUCUUUAGGAACUCAAGGCCGCCUCUGUAACAAGACAUCCGAAGGCAUGGAUGGCUGCGCACUCAUGUGUUGCGGUCGAGGUUACGAUCAGUACAAGACACAGCUGGUUGAGCGCUGCCACUGCAAGUUUCACUGGUGUUGCUACGUCAAAUGCAAACACUGUUCACGAACAGUUGACCAGUUUGUGUGCAAGUAGUAGCACAAGGCAAGUAAUAAGAGCAUGUAAGAGAAGUAAAAACAAAAAUUAUUUUAUAGAGCUGAAAUCAUUAUGAGACUGGUUUCGUGCUAUGAAUUUCUAAGUUGUAAGUACAAAGCAUCUAAACUGCAAAUAUCAUUUAUAUAUUUAUUUUUUGAUAAAUAUGAUUUUGAAAUCCUCUGAUUAUGUAAUAUCAAUGAAAACAGCCUGAAUACAGAGCCUUUCAGUAGGGUAACUGAACAUUCAGAUGAGAAACCGUGCUGCA